AGGUUUCGUUUGACAGUUCGAGCCCAGAUAACUGAAGCAUAUCACAAUGAAAUAUUCAAUCAGAAUGACCAAGCGAAAGUAAAGUCGGCUCCCUGUCAUCUGAGGAUCAUGACUUUGACCCCACGGCUGAAAUGUUGGUUCAUGACUAUGAUGAUGAGCGGACUCUUGAAGAGGAGGAAAUGAAGGAGGACGGCAAAAACUUUAGCUCAGAAAUUGAAGAUUUAGAAAAGGAAGGAAACAUGCCUUUGGAGGACUUGCUUGCAAUUUAUGUGUAUGAGCCUGCAGAUCCACUCAUGGCAGGAUCCAGCGCAGGGAGCUCCCCAAGUGAGCUCGCUGAUGAGCUGCCGGACAUGACGUUAGAUAAGGAGGAAAUUGCAAAGGACCUUUUGUCCGGUGAUGAUGAAGAAACGCAAUCAUCUGCUGAUGACUUGACACCAUCUGUGACGUCACAUGAAGCAACAGACUUUUUUCCACGCCCCUUAAGAUCAAACACUGCAUGUGAUGGCGACAAGGAGUCAGAAAGUGAAGAUUUUGAAACAGACAUUGGAAACUCUCCAGAGGACUUAAGGAAGGAAAUAAUGGUUGGCCCAUAUCAUCAAGCCGAUAUCCCACCUUUUCAGGGACACUACAUGGCAGAUUUAUCAGCAUACGAAUAUGAAGAUCAGUUGAUUUGGAGUCCAGGUGUCCUUCCAGAAAGCAAAGUGGAAGAAUAUCUUUUGGAAACCAGAAUUGACAACAAGAGGGCGAUGGGCAGGGUCUCCGAUGGAAUGAUCAUUAAGGAUGAUGAACAGGCCUUGCAUGAGCUCUUCAAAUGUCGGUAUAAUAUCCGAGAGGCAGUGGAACGAUUCUGCAGUAGGAGAAUGUUACACGAUGAUAUCCGGCCUUGGUCUGAGGAUGAAUGUAGGAACUUUGAACAUGCACUUGUAAUACAUGGGAAGGAUUUUCAUCUAAUACAGAAAAACAAGGUGAGAACCCGGACGGUAGCAGAAUGCGUUGCCUUCUAUUACAUCUGGAAAAAAUCGGAGCGGUAUGAAUCCUUUGCCCAGCAAACAAGGUUUGGAAAGAAGAGAUAUCACCAUCACCCUGGAGUAACGGAUUACAUGGACCGGUUACUAGAUGAAGCGGAAGACCUGGGAGGACAAGAAAAUCCAUCAGCCUUAACCUGCCAAAACCGAUCCGAUUCCCUCCCUGACUCACAGCUCAGCCUGCUUAGCUCCAUCACGGCGAACGACCUGACAGCGCUGUCUCACAGUGUAGCAUGCAAUAAUUCGGACGUGAACUGUUUGAACGAUGGCUUCCCCGCAUUGGACACGUUAUCCCGGGGCCCGGUAAAUCAUGUGCCUGUCGGAACAGAAGACUUGCUGUUGUUGCCCACCAACGGGGAGAGCGAUUGUUUUAACUUAUUUGAGACUGGAUUUUAUCCUUCCGAGCUCAACACCGUUGGUUUGUGCAACGAGGAGGCGGAGAGGCCGGCCAAGAGGAUAAAAAUGGGGAUCUCGGUCCCAGACUCCUUCAUCAGUGACGUCUCUGUAAAUAACCUGGGUGUGGACUUUGAGAACCAUACACACCAUAUCACCAGUGCCAAAAUGGCCGUGUCUGUGGCGGACUUCAGCAGUUUAUCUGCCAGCGAGACAAACCGUUUUAUAAGUUCACACACACUACACCACACAGCCCUACAGUCGGAGUAGUUCCUCCUGGGAGGCAGUUGCCGAAAUCUGAUCAUAAACUUCGGGUUUGCCUAGUCUUUCACUGGAAGUUUGAACUGUUUUUUUUCUAUGACAUCAGUGAUGUCUUUGUAUGUACAGAACUAUAUCUUGAUUUUGUCAAGAAUUACCUUCAUUUUGGUCCAUUAAUGUGGAAACGGACAACGGGAACUCAGUUUGUGUUCUGGGGAAGCAGCUUUAGGCUUAACUUUUUUUUUUUUUUGUUAAGUUUUGUUAAAAAAAAAAAAUCUGCAGGUAACUGGGUCUCCAUAACCAGCACAGUUGCGCGUCCGGCAGAGGGCGCGGGGGGGAAACCAAUGUUUACAGGUACAAGGCCGAUCCCUGCUUCAUGUAGCAUUUUUUUUUAUUAUUAUUUCUGAAGCGGGAUUGGCACAGUCUACUCUGAACUGCACAAAGCGCCCGGCACGAUGGUUCCCUCGCCAUGUCGUGGGCGGUGCACACCGUUACACCACAGUCUGCACCCGCCCCACGCAUAUGCCUUGUUUCAAGGGAUCAUGUUUUUGGAUAUCUACUGCUGGCGUGGAUCUGUGUUCUUUUGUAGGAUUUUUUUUAUUUUAUUUUUUUCCCCCUCCCUUUUUUGUGGUGUGUUUUUUUUUUUUUUUUAAUUGGGGAUUAACACUUGUCUACGACUUUUGAAGAUUGUAAAAUAAAUUACACAAUCUGUGUAUCUCCGUUUCCUGAGGAAGAGGAUCUAGUCCGAGCUCGGCUUGUAAUUCCCGAAC